AUGGACGAAGCUAUACAGAAAAUGCCAUCGGUACUUCAACAGCUACGACAAAUCGAUUACGACAAUGAGAUGGACGAAGCUAUACAGAAAAUGCCAUCGGUACUUCAACAGCUACGACAAAUCGAUAACGACAAUUCGCUCACUGAGCCACAAGCAGCUCAGAUGAAAAAGGAGGUUCAAGAUAAACUAACACCCAAGCAGCAAAAACUUCUGAGAUGCGUGGGAGGAAUCUUUAGGCCCCCCGUAUGGCCAUGGCCAGGACCAUGGGGACCUGGACCAUUUGGGCCGGGACCGUAUGGACCAUACGGACCGGGACCAUACGGGCCAUACGGACCUGGACCAUACGGGCCAUAUGGACCUGGACCAUAUGGCCCGGGUCCAUUUGGACCUGGGCCACGGGGUCCUGGACCGUUCCGCCCUGGACCACACCGUCCAUGGUGA